UGAUGGUGCUUCCGUGAUGGUUGGCAAACGCUCUGGUGUUGCUGCAAGACUGAAACAGGUCAAUCCUCUACUGUUAAAUGUACAUUGUGUUUGCCACCGUCUUGCCCUUGCAUGCACAGAUACCAAUCAUACCUUGAAAUACAUCAGCAAUGUAGAGCUAUUGCUUAGGCAGUUAUGGCAGUACUUUCAGAACUCGCCAAAAAGAAUGGCAGCAUAUUUGAAAAUUCAAACCCAGCUGAAAUCUGUACGGCUUGAGGGCAAAGCUGUAAAGGGUGUAACCAAACGCCUGAAAAAAGCAUGCCACACACGAUGGUUGAGUUUUGAAGCUUCGGUAAAAGCUGUUCAUGAAGACUACGAGGCAGUUCUCCAAACGCUUGCGCAUUUCCAAGAGAGUGAUGCAAUAGCCUCAGGUUUGCUGACGAAGAUGAAAAAGCUCAAAUUUAUUGGCGUCAUCUACAUUCUUAGAGACAUUCUUCCCAUCCUUGGUGAUCUGUCCCGUCGAUUCCAAAAGGGAUAUUUGAGUUUUGCAGCCAUUGUACCCGCUAUAAAUAUGACAAAAGAUAGGCUACAUAAUCUCGUUGCUGAUGCCAAACCAAUGGAAAGUCUUAGUCGGGACAUUGAAUCAUUCACUGACAUGUGUGCUGAAAUCAAAAUGAAUCAAAAUGACGCAAAGGAACUGCAUACUCUAUUUGAAAAAUAUGUCAGUGCUUUGGUUGAGAACAUUGACAACAGGUUUACAGAUAGCUCACCAGUCUUGGAAGCAUUCAAUGUUUUUGAUCCAAUGCUGGUGCCUGAUUCUGGUGUUGAGAUGAGGAGUUAUGGUCACGGUCAAAUUGAAGUGCUGUCUAAUCAUUACUUCAAGGAAAAUCCUGAUAAAUCAGACAGACUGAAAGCAGAGUGGGAAGGAAUGAAAUAUCAUUUGAGAGAUGUCAUCAAACCUAGCAUGCCUGAUUCUGUUAAAUCAGGCAAAGAACAAACAGAAACUACUACUGAAUGGUGUCUUCUACAACUGCUAAAGAAUAUUGCAGUGAGGCAACUGUAUCCCAAUGUAAUCUACAUUGCAGAAGUGAUAGCCUCACUCCCAGUUUCUAAUGCAUGGCCUGAGAGAGGUGCUAGUACACUGAAGGCUUUGAAAACAAGGCUGCGUAACAGACUGAGUACAUCCAUGUUAGAGUCUUUGCUUCACAUUUGCAUAAAUGCUCCUAAGCCAUCAUCCCUGGAAGGUCAGCAGCUAGUGAAGGCAGCUGUAAAUGCAUGGUUAGAGAACAGAAACAGGCGUAAACUUCCAAAACAGUCUGGAUCAGCAACAGUCACAGCUGCUAGUGCUACAAGUGUCAUAGAUGUUGAGGAUGCUGGAGUCCAGACAGAUCCAUAUAUGGAUGUUAGUGAAGAUGUCAUCAGGACAGCAGUUGACAUUGCUUUAAAAAAGCUUAGCCUUGACGAGUAUGAUGCUGGCGACUCAGAUUCAGACUGGUCAGAUGACGAAGAUUGUUGUUCCAAAAAUUUGUGACUGUGCAGUUUGGUGUUGGUGAAUAGUUGGGUGCUCUCCGGCUCUCUCAUCUUAGAUUUACUAGAUGCAGUCCCAUCAUGAGAGAUGUUGUUCGAAUCUUUCCCAAAUAAUGGUUCACUGACAGACUCGAUGUAAGUGCAGAGUUGGUUGACACACAUGUCUAUCUCUUCACCUGACGUAGAUGCUUCAAUAUUAAACACAAGGUCGACCUCCACCCUGGUUGGUAGACGUCGUAGCAGCCUGCGACGUUUUCCUUGGUGGCCGUGUACUGGCUGAGCGGACUCUCUGAGGGUUUCCAGUCGAAUGUGCUCGCGCACGGGUUCUACCACUUUGGGUCGAUUUACCAGCUACUUUAGAAAUAGCGUUACUCGCGGACUGUGUUGGCUGUGAGCUGCUAUUCGUGCCGGCGACUUGUUGAGGCUGUGAUAGUUGUGAGGCAUUACCCUGGGAGCGGGUAUUACCAGCUUGUUUCCAGUCGAAGAAGACCGGCGGUGAUGGAUUCUGAGAUGGAGCGUUAAUAGUCGUUUGUGUAUUUGCUCGUGGAGCCGUAUUCGCUGACGAUUUCGGUCCGACGGGCUGGUCUGUAGACGCGUGCGUGUACACCGGUCUACUUAGCAAUCGGCUCCACCCCGGAAAUUCAUCUCUGACCACUUCACUAUUGACUACUACCGCCGCCGGAUACUUUAGCUGAACUCUAGCUGAACGAUUCUAGCCUCUUAUACGUGGGCCACACACGUUUUCUUGCCUGUCUGACUUCGUCUGGAUAAUCCCGGUCGAUUGCAUAGCGACUACCAGCAAGAUAUUUUGCAUUUUUCAUCACAGUGUCAACCUCAUAGCCAUAUCUAAACGUGACUACGAUCGGACGUCUUAGUGGGCCAUUGGAGUUACGCCGAUUAAUAUUACCCAAACGUUCGGUAUUAUCAAUGUAAAAGUCAUUUGCAUUCAGAUUCAUGUUUGUGUACAUGAAAUCAUUGAUCACCUCAUAAUUGUCUUUGCCUGGAACUUCAUCAAGACCAUAGAUGAGAAGAUUUCUCUUACGUUCACGUGUUUCUAAAUCAAUGACUUUGUAGGUUAAUGACAAUAUUUUAUCAUCUUGGUCAUCUAGUCUUUUAUUACAAUCACUGGCUGAUUUUGUCAAAUCAUUUAUACUGUUUUGGUUUUGUUCAACAACAUCAAGUUUUGAGAAUAAAGCAAUAAGUUUA